AUGGGCUGGCUGGGCGGCACCCCCACCAAGGCCCCGACGACGCCUCGAGGCAAGCGCGGCAGAUCUCUUCGGGACCACGAGAGCCCCGCCAAGUACGAGUUCAUGCACUUCGUGCUCGAGUAUGGCGAGAAGACGCUGGCCAACUGCCUCAGGGAGGUCGACCUCGCCCAGUACCGAGAGAUCCUUUGGCAGGUUCUCUACGCGCUGCAUGUGGCCGGCAAGACCUUCUCCUUCAGCCACUACGACCUCCACCACAAGAACAUCCUCUUGUGUUCGUUGCCGAUGGAGGAUGGGUGCUACGUCUACUACCACAAGGGCGUGGCCUACUACAACCAGACAUGCAUUGUAAAGAUAGCUGAUUUUGGGCUGAGCCGCAUCACCACGGAGGAAGGAGAGACGCUGUGCAACACAAAGAACGCCCUCGGGCAGGAGUAUUCCCCAGAUGUCGAUGUGAUGAGCGUCGUCGGCUGGCCCUGGAAGAAUCUCGAUCCCGACAGGGACAACGACCCCAACCACAAGGAGUUGCAAAGUCUGCAGAGGCUGAUGCGCAAGGGCGUCCGGCCGGCUGCCCUCCUCAACCACCCCUUCUUCGCCCCGCUCAAGGAGGCGCCGGCGGCAUUCAGCGCCGAGCGGUGUGUCGCCGUCUCGACCGAGGGGCUCGAGGGCAUACCGAAGGACCUUCACGCCCGCGCGCUGGCGACCUGUGCGCCACCCACUCCUUCGGCCAGCCGGUCCGGCGCCAGCGGCAGCACGGCUUCGCCCACGACCAGGUCGCCGAGCGGAUUCGUUGUGCCCGCGUCGCCUUACCGCAUGGUUGGCCCGUCGGGGAUCAGGCGAUCGUUUGUGAAGCCGCCGCAGCCUUUCACUCCCUCUUUCACCGCCAAGCUGGCCGACCACGAGGAGCCGGCCGACCUCAAGGAAGGCGAGCCCACGCCCAAGCGGGCCAGGCCGACUACACCCACGAGCUAUCCGACCACGCCCACGAGCCAGCCGACCACGCCCAGGUCUUCGGUGGAGGCGAGCAAGCCCGAGGGCACGCCCUCACAACCGGCUGCGGAGGUAAGGAAGGUCAUUAGGCUGGCCAAGCGGAAGCGACCGCCACCGCCUUCAUUCUUGGCCGCCGACAGUGGCGCCAACAAGGAGAACGAUCCUAACCGGCGAAGCGAGUACACCAACAACAAGAACAACGAGACGACGAAGAAGGCGAAGCGAGAGGCGGAUGCACAGCUGGCAGCUGAUGAAAGCGACGCCAGGGACAUGACCCUCCGAGCACGCAGGAGCGGCAGAGCAAAGAAGACCGUGAGCGUGUUCAGUCCAAGCGCGAAGCCCAAGGUUGCCCUGUCGUCGCGACGGAAGGCCGUCACACGAUGA